UUUUACUACCAAGUCGGCUUACUCGUGUGUGAUUUCUCAGCAUUUCAACUUGGAUUCCGCCACUAGUUCUACUACUUGGUGGAAACGCCUUUGGGGUUCUCCCAUUCUGCCAAAAUGGAAAAUGUUGGCUUGGAAGAUUGUUCAUAAUGCACUUCCGAUGGCUGGUCUUCUGUCUUUUAAGGGUUUUCCUAUUGAUCCCACUUGUGUCUGCUGUCACCAGGCCCCUGAGUUGACGGCCCAUUUGUUCCGGGAUUGUCAGUUUUCUAGGAGACUUUGAGAGGUUCUUCCGUUUACCCCUCCUUAGUCGCUUGACCCUUCAUCUCCGUGGCCUAUUUGGUUUACGGAAUUAAUCUCUUCUCUUAUUGGUUCUGGUAAUUGGCACUCUUUGGAUCGUGUUUUCGACCUACGUUGGCCUAUUUGGUUGACUAGGAAUAAUGUGCGUUUUCGGUCGGAGUGGUUUCUCCUCAUGUUAUUCUUGAGCUGGCCUCUUCUUGGUAUGAUAGAAGUACGGCGACGCGUUUGGUUGACUCUUCUAUGGCUAGCAUUCUUCCCGGGUUCUCUGGGACUCCUCUGGUUUAUGCCCUUUGUGGUAAUAUUAAGAACGAUUGUCAUAUUUCCUUAAUGUUUGACGGUGCUUGGGAUCGUGAGAAUAAUAAUGUUGGUGUAGGUUGGUGUUUUUGGAAUGCUAAUUCCUCUUUGAUUCGUGGUGGUAGGGCUCAUGCUUUUAUGGCUUGUUUUGCCUUUCAUGUGGAGUUGUUGGCGUGCUUUUUUGCUCUUAAGCAUGCUCGUCGACAGGGGUUUUCUAGUGUUUCCCUUUUCACUGAUUGCCAAAAUGUUUUGAAUUUGUUUUCGGGUUCUGGUCCCAAGGAUAUUGUUGUGGUUUGGUUUUAUAGGAUAUUGGCACGGUUCUUGAUUCCUUUGUUACUUGUCGUAUAUUUUUUUAUUUUUUUUUUUUUUUUAUGUUUUUUUAGUUUUUUAUGUUUUGUGUGUUCCCUUUGUCAAAAAAAAAAAAAAAUUAAUAAAAAAAAAAAAAAAGAAAAUCAGCAUUAUUGCAGUACUAGUGACAUAACAGGAUGAACUCACACAUUACAACACUAAUCAAAAUCAAAGAAUUGAAAAACAAAUUCAACCACCUGUCGACGGCAAAAAAUGCGGCAACGAUUCAGGCAUCUGAUCUUCAUUGUGAUUUUAUCUCUCCUCCCUCUGAGUUACCUUUGCCGGCCUUACGUCCUCGUUCUCACUCAAGAUGAUCUCAAAGAAUCCGUCAACAAUCCAACCGAAGAACACCCCAAUCUUGACUCAGAUCCCGACUCAUCCGACUGGGACGAGUUUGGUGGAAUUGAACCAAAAUCCGAAGACGAGCUCGAUUCUGGAUCAUAGCGAUUUAUUCUUGAACAAGACGAAGUGGGGAGACAUCAAGAUGUAUCAUUGUAUUACUCAGGGGUUUCGAAGAUGGUGGGUGCUGCAAGUUCGGGUGAAUUGAGAUUGAUGGAGGAAGCUUCAUCGGAAAUUGAGGCUGCUGCUAAGAGUGGUGAUCCUCAUGCUAGGUCUGUUCUUGGGUUUUUGUAUCAUAUGGGUAUUGGUAGAGAGAGGAAUAAAGCUAAGGCGUUUUUGUACCAUUAUUUUGCUUCUAAUGGGGGUAAUUUGCAGCCUAAGAUGGCUCUUGCUAAUUUCUAUGCUCGCCAAGAUAUGUAUGACAAAGCAGCUAAACUAUAUGGUGAAUUAGCUGAAGUGGCGGUGAAUAGUUUUUUGAUAUCUAAGGAUUCGCCUGUUGUUGAGUCAGUAAGGAUUCAUGUUGGAGCCGAGGAAAACAAGGAAGCCUUAAGGAAGUCGCGAGGGGAAGAUGAUGAAGAUUUUCAGAUAUUGGAAUACCAGGCACAAAAGGGUAAUGCUGCGGCAAUGUACAAGAUUGGCAUAUUCUAUUAUUUUGGACUCAGGGGAUUGCGCCGUGAUAUUCCCAAGGCAUUAUCCUGGUUCUUGAAGGCAGCCGAGAAAGGAGAACCCAGGUCCAUGGAGCUUCUUGGGGAGAUAUAUGUAAGGGGAAGUGGGGUGGACAGGAAUUAUACAAAAGCUCUGGAAUGGCUCACUCUUGCAGCUAAACAACAGCUUUACUCAGCUUAUAAUGGCAUUGGAUAUUUGUAUGUCAAAGGUUAUGGGGUGGAGAAGAAGAAUUAUACGAAGGCAAAGGAGUUAUUUGAAAAAGCGGCUGAUAAUGAUGACUCUGGUGGCUUCUAUAAUCUUGGGGUAUUGUAUCUCAAAGGGAUGGGGCUAAAGAAAGAUGUGAAGCUGGCUUGCAAAUAUUUUAUAAUGGCUUCAAAUGCUGGUCAACCAAAGGCUUUUUAUCAGUUGGCAAAGAUGUUUCAUACUGGUGUGGGUCUGAAGAGGAAUCUUCAAAUGGCCACUGCAUUGUACAAGGUAGUUGCUGAACGGGGACCAUGGAAUUCCUUAUCUAGAUGGGCAUUAGAAGCAUACUUGAAAGGUGAUGUAGGUAGAGCAUUACUCUUGUACUCCAGGAUGGCAGAACUGGGUUAUGAGGUAGCUCAAAGUAAUGCUGCAUGGAUUCUUGAUAAAUUUGGGGAACGUAGCAUGUGUAUUGGAGCAUCUGGGCUAUGCAUAGAUGCUGAAAGGCAUCAACGUGCACACUCUUUAUGGUGGCAGGCUUCUGAGCAGGGUAAUGAACAUGCGGCGUUGUUGAUAGGAGAUGCAUACUAUUAUGAUAGGGGUACAGACAGAGAUUAUGAACGUGCUGCUGAGGCAUAUAUGCAUGCAAAUUCUCAGUCUAAUCCACAGGCAAUAUUUAAUCUUGGGUACAUGCAUGAGCAUGGUCAAGGACUUCCUUAUGAUCUUCAUCUUGCAAAACGCUACUACGAUCAAGCUCUGGAGAUUGAUUCUGCAGCAAAAUUACCUGUCACCCUUGCACUUACAAGCCUAUGGGUUCGGAAAAAUUACGCCAACAGUUUUCUGGUGCACACAAUUGAUUCUCUGCCAGAAGUCUAUCCAAAACUUGAAGCAUGGGUUGAAAACAUCAUCAUGGAGGAAGGAAAUGCAACAAUACUUACUCUUUUUGCUUGCCUGCUGGCGGUUCUUUACCUUCGCGAGUGGCAACGGAGACAUGCUGUUGUUCCACAGGCUGAUGAUGCUGCACAGCAGCUAAACGAUCAGAUCAUCCAACCACAUUGACCUGCCAUGUAUGUGUAAUUUAGGGCCCAAAGGAUUGUAUGUCUUAAAUGAUUCCUUUACCUUUUUUGGGGCACAUCCAACUGUUGAAAGUAGCUCUUCUUCUUAUUAUGUGAAAGGCAAGUCUACUAUUGAAGCUAUUGUACAUCUGAAACUCUACAGCAGCCUUGUUUUUUGAAGAGCAAUUGUUAGCCUCUUAUGUUAGCUGAAUUGAACUUUGGUAUUUUUCUGCUCUUAAUUGGUAAAGUGAAUCUAAUUUUAUUAACCAAAAAAGACACUAUUCUCUCAUUACAUGUGAUAGCGAAAAACUAUUGAAUCAGUUAGUUAAUCCAAAUGCAAAACUGAACUUCUUUUUCCA